AUCCCACCCAUUUCAUAAUUUAUCAACUUUUAUACAAAAUCCCAACUAGUCUCUUUCCCAUUAAACUAGAAACGCCACAGGAUCCUUAGAAACCCAACAAAACCCUCCUGUCUUCUACGAUCGACACCCACUUUUACUCUUUUACAAGCCCAUGUAAGCCAACUCUCUCCGGCGGUUGAACCUCGGAGAUGACUGUUAAAAUUGCUGAACGGCAGACACAGAGAGAAACAGAGGGAAAAUGGGAAAGCAAAGAAACUAAGAAAGAGUUUUUGCUUCAUUUCAAAGGUUUCCUUUAGUCUCCCGUAUCUGCUACUGCAAUUAUUUACCAGUCAAUAUUAUCAUUAAUACCUCUCAAUAUUUUUUUCUUUCUUGGUCUGGCUUUCCAUUUCUCUCUCUCCCUCUCUACUAGCAAGAAUUUAAAGCAGAGAAUUGCCCACGUAUUUUAACAAAACAGAAACAGAAAUGAUCAUCUUCAGUAGACGAAAAUACAUUGCCUUUUAAAAGGGUUCAGUUUUUAUUCUUCAAUUUCAACUGCUGGGUCAGAUGUACAUGUUAUUUCUCUCAGAUUCAAUCCUGUGACAUUGCUGAGAUUGCAAGUUGAUGCAUGUUUGGUAAUAUCUAUUAGCUACUGAUAUCCCAUGGAAAAGGAAUCGCCUAAGAGCAAUAUUCUGAAGAGCCCUAUCUUCAAGAGCUCUUCUCCGAAGAGUCCGAUGCCGAAGAGUCCUAUUCCGAAAAGCCCAGUUGCCUAUGAAAAAUACAAGUCGAGAUGUGGAUAUGGUUUAAUCAGUUUCUUCAAUUUCCGGCGUUGUCACUCAAAGAAGAUGAUUUCUGAUACUCAAAGCACAAGCUUAAACAGGAAUGCUCUUGGUGAUGGAUACGUAGAGAACGGGGAUGAGUUUCACUCCUAUAAAGACAGUCAUGAUAAGGUGAAUGACAAAUCUAUGAUGCUUGAUUCUGAUGGUGCACAAGUAGAAAAAAUCAAGGGAAGAGAUGCGUCCAUUGAGCAGCAUAAAAAGAAGAAGGUUAUGACAGCUAAAGUGGAAAAUGUAAAAUCUGAUUCUGAACCUGUUGAUGACCAAUCAAGGAACCGUGGAAAAGCAAUCAAGACUUCUUGGAGACCUCAUCGGUUUCCUAAAUAUAGUUGUCAUGACAUAUCAACUGUGGAGUGUAGUAAACCUUCUCAUCAAAAUUUAGCUGAUAGUGAGAGAUCUUCAAAACCAUUAGAAUCUGCAUCGUCUGCAGAAGUUCUAUGGCAUCACAAAAAUGAAAACCACUGCAAUUGUAGAAGUACAGAUUGCAUGCAGCAUGACCGAGUCAACGAGAUCAAUCUUCAGGUUAAUAUGAACGAAGCAACUGAAGCAUAUAUAAAUCAGAAGUUGAUUGAUGGAAAACACCUUGGUGGUGAUGGGAUAAAUCACCAGUCUAAACACUUCUUGGAAGCAUUAGAGAUACUGAAUUCCAACAGGGACUUGUUCAUAAAACUCCUGCAAGACCCCAACUCUCUGUUGGUGAAACACAUUGAAGAUUUGAGAGAGUCUCAGGCGAAGAAGCAGGAGAAUAAAUCCUUCAUUGAAGCUGAAUCAUCAGAACAGCAGAUAAGGAAUAAAAGAGGAUGUAAUCUGUCCAAGGAAACUGGUGACUGUCAGCCUUUCCAACCUGGUUCAGAAAGCUUGCAAGACUGUGAAGAUCAGAGAAUCGGUGAUGACAUUCUGCAAAUUCAUUAUGGCACAAGGAACUUACAGCAAAGUGCUAAAUCUGCAUUUGUUGCUUUGGAACAAAUGAAAAGAAAGUUGAUGCGGUCAAUGGGGCGGGUCAGGAAAGAGCAGCACUUAAGACUUACAAAUGGUCCUUUACAUCAAAAGUCUAUCCAUGUUUUAGAGGGCUUUGGACAGCAUGGCAAAGCAACAGGUUUAGACAGUAUCGACAGAGACUCACCUGACAAAGCCUGCUCUGAUUUUGGAGGAAGGACCAAAUCUUUUUCGGAUAUCAAGAGGAAAGACCAGUUGGAAAAGGCGAAUGAAUUUGAUCCGGUUGUUAAAGAUGAAUCUUCAGCCAGUAGUAGUGGUCAGGAAAAUUUACAUUUGUCAACUGUCAAAUAUCCUAAAAGAAACAAACACGAUCCAUUUGUUGAGCCUAGGGCAAAUGUCUCAGAAUCAAAAAUUGGAAGCGAAAAUUUUUUAAGAAGGCAGAGAACCAAAACCUGGGAUGGGGUAAGCUCUGUUCCUGAAAAUGACCUUUUCCCUAUGGUCCGUUCCAGAAGGAGAUUUCCCCUCUACAAUAAUCAUCAAAUGGUCAGCCUCAGCGAGAACAAUUGGAGCGAUCCAAAUGAGAAUAAAAACUGUUGCUCAAGUCCAUUGAGACAGAAUGUAGAAACAAAGUGUAGAGAUUCAGAAGAAAUUACUCUUCCUGAAGUGCCCUCCAAACCAGAUAGUUCACAUAAUAAUGGCAUUAGACCAAGCACUACGACAGCGGACACAUGGGAGGCAAGUGGAUCUAUGGAGUUUUCAAGAGAGGUUUCACCUAUGGUGAAUCAAUCAUCAACUUAUUCAAUAGAUGACUAUUCAUCAAGCCCUUUAAACAGUCGGAUAUUUAGAGAAUUCGACACAAUUAGAGACAAGGAAGAGCAUCCAAGUCCAGUUUCAGUGCUGGAUCAGUUUUUAAUAGAAGAAAUCAGCAGUCCGUUAAACAAUGAAUUUCAACCUGCUAAAAGAACUCGUGCAGUUCUACGAUCGGAACUACUGUUACAAAUUGGUAUUGAAGAAGGCUGCUUGGCUGAUAAUCAUCAGUCCCCUCCAGAUUCAAAGAUCAAUUCAAGUACUUCCAUAAAGGAGUAUGGCUCAAUAUUGGAGUACAUAAGCACAGUCUUACAAGCUCAUCACUUCAGUUGGGAUGAACUUGCAUUAACGUGCCAUUUCUCAGAUCAACUUCAAGACCAAUCCUUAGCAGAUGAAAUGGAUGUGUGCUCUAAUCAUUUCUAUGAUGAUCACAGGCUGCUCUCAGACUACGUUAACGAAGUCCUUGCAGAUGUAAACCAUUGCUAUUUAAGAUGCUCCCCUUGGUUGUCAUUUAUCAAACCAAUUCAACAAGCUAUGAUGACUGGAAAUGUAGCCCGUCAAGUUAUGAAGCAUGUGGAUUGGAACCUCCUCCUGGCAUCAACACCUCAAACACUGGAUCAAAUUCUUGCAAACGACUUGAGUAAAUGUAGAACAUGGAUGGAUAUCCGAGCUGAUGUUGAAGGUGUUGUUAGUGAGAUGACAGAAAGUCUUGUGGAAGAAUUGAUGAUGGAAUAUGCUCUUGAGUAGCCAAUUGCGUAAAUAUAUUUCCUACUAAUAUUUCUUCAUAGCAGUGAGAUCCAAACCCUGGCUUUAGAUGCUUUGAUCCAAGUUAGACAAAAAGUAGAUGGUUUGAGCUUAUACAGUAAUGUUUUAAUCAAGUUAUUUUGAAAUACAGAUGAAUUAAUAAUUUUGUUUUUUAAAAAAAAAUCAGGAACUUACUCUUCUUCUUUAUUGAAUAUUGUGGUUUAAUUUUAUAUCGAAAUAGUAAAUUGUGA